AUGGUAAUAACUUCCAAUAUUGCAGAGUCAAUUAUUGCAACAAACAAGGAUGCUAGAGGGUUACCGGUAAUGCGAUUGCUGGAGUACAUGACAAAUUUUCUACAACAGUGGAACAACAAAAACAGAAAAAGUGCAAUGAAGACAUCUACAGAGCUUGGCGAAAAGUACGACAAACUCUUUCGGGAAAAUCUGAAUGCAUCGGAGCAAAUGAUGGUGAGGCCUGCUACAGAGCAGUUAUAUACUGUGUUUGAAGGGGCAGUUUUGAAGAACCAACAGCUGAAACCUGGCCAGUAUUGCUCUUUUUACUACAAGAAGGAUAACCUCCUUAGAACUUAUGAAUUUCCAGUGAAUCAGAUGCCAGAUGAGAGUUUAUGA